UAAGAGAGGAUCAAGCUGGAUCAAGCGCGUCUAGUCACGGAGGAUAGGGGACGCGUGCUACUUGCUUGGCGCGCGGUGAAGGCUACCGCUGCUGCAGCUGCUUUCCGAUGCGCUGUCGCUGACGAAGGUUUCCUUCGCUGCUGCUAGUAAUUCUGAUGGACAUUACUACUUCUCACUAAUAAUAGUGGCCAUCGAGAGAAACUAGUGAGAACGCCAACCAGCAGGCGCCCCUGAUUGACCUUCGUCAAUCUCUGGAAGUUGCGAGGCGCCGGUGGCUGAUCCGACGUGGCAUCUGCGGUUCCAUUUGACCUGAUUUUUGUCGUUUAACGCGACAGAUACUGCGCGUUGCUAGCCCUUCUCUCCUGCAGCUUCUGCUGCUUCUGCAGCCUCGUCCGACGACUAUUUAAGAUCCUAGGGGCAAUGGCGUCCGUGAUAGAGAGACCCUCGUCCAAGUCCACGACUCACGUUCCCCUCCUCCUGUCCGCGCUCUCCCCUGCUGCCUCGUCUGCCGUUUCCGCCGCCGCCGCCGAUCCGACGGCUCACAUUGAUCCUCCCACCAGCAGCGCCGAUAUCGCCGUGCCUCACGCGUGCACCGGAGCGGGGGUGUGUGAGAGGGAAGGGGGAUCGGGGGAGCUGGCGGAACGCGAGGACAAAGCGGGGGCGCGGGAGCGGAGCGAGGAGGGGAGACGCGGGGAUGCGGGGGAAUGGGAUGCGGAUGGGGAACCAGGGGGGGGCGGAGUUGCGGGAACGAUGGGUGGGGUAGUUGCAGGAUCACCAGUCGCAGCAGCAGCAACAGCAGCGGCAGCGGUAGCAGCGGUAGCAGCAGUUGAAACAGUGGCAGGGGAGACAGGAGCAGCAGCGCGCGGAGAGGGAGGCGGGUGGGAGCAGAGAGGGGAGGCGGAGAAGGGGAGAAGUGGCGCGAUCUUUCUGGAUGGGACGAUGAGCGUGACGGAUCUGCUGUGUGAUGUCUCAUUCCAGGUGUACGUUGGCAUUCACGUGCUGGCGCUGCUGGCGGUGCUCUUCAUCCCGCCCUCGCCGGGUCUGCUGCUGCUCGCGCUGCUCUCCUACGCCCUGCGCAUGCUUGGCAUCACUGCGGGCUACCACCGCCUGCUCUCGCACAGGUCGUUCAAGACGUCUCGGGUGGGCCAGUUCCUCUUUGCUCUGCUGGGGUGCCUCUCCUUCCAGAAGGGCCCGCUCUGGUGGGCGUCCCACCACCGCCACCACCACAGAACCGCGGACACAGCAGCGGACGCGCACAGCCCCCUGCAGUGGGGCUUCUUCUGGUCGCACAUGGGCUGGUUUCUGUGCUCCACUCGCCAUACCGAUGUGCUGUGGCAUGCCAUCCCGGACCUCUCCCCUUUCCCGGAGCUGCACUGGCUCGACAA